AUGCUCCUCGUCCUGAUAGCCUCGAUCACUGCAGCCAUCAACACCCGCAAACCCAAGGCCACAAGGACAGAACUGGGCGCAAACUCGUACCAGUACGCCGGUGACUCUCGCUCUUCACACUCCUCGUCCAGGAUGUCCUCGGGUACUAUGACACAGUCAAGAGUUGAUAUUCGGCCAUCGUCUGAAAUCUCACGGCAACCUGACUACCAUAACAACCACCGCAACCACGCAUCCUCAGAUCAACAACAUAACCACAACAACAACAAUCGUGACUACGAUUAUGACUAUCGCAACAGCAGCAACCAGAGUUACGAUCGACAGGACUAUGGCCGUGGGUCCGAGUCAGGGCAGCCUUAUGACCAUACUAUCCACUCUGACCAGCACUCUAUACACUCGGACGAGGAGGAGGAUUUGUCAGACUACAAGAAGGACGGAUAUCACCAUGUCCGUGUCGGGGAUCGCUUUCAUGAUGAUCGCUACUUGGUCCUGAGGAAACUUGGAUGGGGCCAUUUUUCCACAGUCUGGCUUGCAAAGGAUACAGUCAUGAAUCGACACGUGGCCUUGAAGAUUGUCAAGUCUGCAAAACACUACACCGAGACCGCCUUGGAUGAGAUCAAGCUGCUGGAGAAGAUUGUCAAAACCAACCCGUCGGCGCCUGGGCGAAAGUACGUCGUGGAGCUUCUCGACCAUUUCAUUCAUCAGGGACCCAACGGAUCGCACGUCUGCAUGGUCUUUGAGGUCUUGGGCGAGAAUUUGUUGAGCAUGAUCAAGCGCUAUCGGAACCAAGGCAUCCCUGUGCACCUGGUUCAGCAGAUUCUGUACCAAGUGCUGAUGGGACUCGAUUACAUGCAUCGCGAGUGUGGCAUCAUUCAUACCGACCUCAAGCCGGAGAACGUGCUGGUUUGUGUCGACGACGUGGAGCAAGUAGUCAAGAAACUCAUGGGCGACACGGAUUACUCGGACGCAGAGGCCUUCGCUGAACAGCACCGUCGGUCAUCCAAGGUUGUCACCAGUAAACCACUGACGCACGGCGCACACACAGCAUUAACACAGGGCGGCGGUCGUAGCAGCGAAUCAAGCCUGAGCACGGCAGCACCCUCUAUCGCUCAUUCUGAACGGACUAAAGACGACCUGGGAGACCAAGAGCCCGCAGGGGACGACAAGUCUACAGUACGAGGAUAUGAUACGGAGACAGCAACUGUAGCCGAGUCAACAACAACCAUGUCAGGAAGUUUUCAGCCUCCUGAUGACUCCCAGAUGCCGACAACCAUCACUGUCAAGAUUGCCGAUCUGGGCAAUGCCUGCUGGGAGGACCGCCAUUUCACAGACGACAUUCAAACACGGCAAUAUCGGUCGCCGGAGGUCAUCAUUGGCGCCGAGUGGGGAACAAGCGCAGAUGUCUGGAGUGUGGCAUGUAUGGCGUUCGAGUUGAUCUCGACCGACUAUCUCUUUGAUCCUCAGAGCGGAGGAGCGAACUACAGCAAGGAUGACGACCACAUGGCGCAAAUUAUCGAGCUGAUGGGAGAUCUGCCCAGGAAGAUGAUUGCCAGCGGUAAGUACUCGCGGGAGCUGUUCAACAGCAAGGGGGAACUCCGAAAGAUCCGCAAGCUGCGUAUGUGGCCUAUCAGGGAUGUUCUUCGCGAGAAGUACGUGAUGCCGGAAGAGGAGGCGUUGCUGUUGGCAGACUUUCUGGAAAAGAUGCUUCAGCUCGAUCCCUCCAAGCGAGCACCGGCCGGGAAGAUGGCCAGGCACCCUUGGCUCCGGUACAAGCUUGCCGCUGCCAACAUACCUACACCAGAGUCGGACGAACGGACGCGCACCCUUUAA